AUGUCUUCGCAGUCUGAGAACAAGAUGCAAUACGUCAGAUUAGGAAAGAGUGGACUCAAAGUCUCCAAGAUCAUCUUGGGAUGUAUGUCCUACGGAGUCAAGAGACCUCUAGAUGGUUGGACCUGGGUAUUAGAAGAGGAAGAAGCGUUGAAACAUCUCAAACACGCUUAUGACAAGGGCAUAAACACCUUUGACACAGCCGAUACUUACUCUCAAGGUAACUCGGAGCGAAUCCUAGGUAAAUUCCUCAAAACUUACGAUAUACCCAGAGAGAGCGUGGUGAUUAUGACCAAGACGUACAUGGCAUUUGGUGACGAGAAGAGCUACGGUCCAGCAGGGUACGUCAAUAACAGUAGACUCAGUAGGAAGAGGAUAUUCGCUGCUAUCAAAGAUUCUCUUGAGAGGCUGGGUACAGACUAUGUCGAUGUAUUCCAGUGUCAUCGAUUCGAUUAUGAUACCCCUAUCGAAGAGACGAUGCAAGCUCUACACGAUAUCGUCCAAGCUGGUCACGUCCGAUACCUAGGAAUGAGCAGUUGUUAUGCCUGGCAAUUCCAGCUCAUGCAGCAAUAUGCUAUUCAAAAUAAACUCACACCGUUCGUCUCGAUGCAAAACUACCACAAUGCGAUUUACAGAGAGGAAGAAAGAGAGAUGAUGCCUACAUUACAACAUUUCGGUGUGGGUUCCAUCCCAUGGUCACCAUUAGCAGGAGGGAAACUCUGUCGUCCUGCCUCUUCAGACCCACAGACCGAACGAUCAUCCAGCACUUCCAGGAUGUUCGGCACCACAACCUCAGCGGACCAAAAAAUCAUCUCGACAAUCGAGGAAAUUGCCAAAGAAAGGAAUAUCUCGAUGGCACAAGUAUCUCUAGCUUGGUCAUUAAGCAAAGAAUUCAUAUCCGCUCCUAUCAUUGGUACCACCUCGAUUGAGAAAUUGGAUGAUCUUCUCAAAGGUUUGGAAGUCAAGUUGAGUGAAGAGGAAAUUAAAAGGAUUGAUGGUGAUUAUCAACCGAAAGCGAUAUUUGGUCAUUCAUAA